AUGGCAGAAGAAGAGCCACCGGAAAUAUUAAACUACUACAAAAAGCAAUGCUGCAUUGCUUUGAUUAGUUCCAACUACACUACACCUGGCCCCUACAAAGUCCAGGCCGCAACGCUUUAUCUCGGUGUUGAAAACCUGUCGAGUGACGGAUUAAAGACUAGUGUGUCUAUUCUUGUUAGUAUGGUGUUUCGGCUGGCGAUCAUGAUGGGAUAUCAUAGAGACCCCAAAUUAUAUCCCAAGGUAUCUAUAUUCGAGGGCGAGAUGAGACGGAGAGUGUGGCUCAGUUUAUCCAUGAUCGAUUACUUUAUUGCUUGGCAAUCGGGACUUCCUACAGUAAUUCCCAAGGGAAUAGAUGAUACUGCAUCACCUCGCAUUCUUUUCGAUGAAGACUUUGAUUCUAAGACAGAGAUCCUACCACCAUCCACGCCAGACCGCGAACUAUCGAGCAAUAUCAGCUACGUCAUCGCCCAGGAGCGAUUGAUAAUGGCGGCCAAUACGAUCACUCGAAGUUCAGAAGCAUAUCCCUUCCUGCAAAGAACAAUAAGUCUUGAACAGCAACUAAAAGCAGCCUGGAGCCAGGUUCCCGUUAAUCUGAAGCAGAGACUUCUACUCAUCAUCGAUUCUGAUACAAUGAUACAUAUCCUUACUCUCGAAAUGACAUAUCAACGCGCCCGUUGCAUUCUGCACCGUCCGUACUUGGUAAACAGUCGUGACGAUCCGGCUUAUAAACUAUUUCGAAUUGAAUGUGUCCACGCAGCUCAAAGGGUCCUCCAUUGUCAAAUCGAGCUAUUGCAAGGAAUCCUCUCUCAGCCACAAUGUAGGCACAAAGUUUGGUUCGGCAUAUCCCGAUCUAUAUGCGACUGCCUGACUGCAGCCAUGGUAAUAUCCCUGGAGAUUUUGAGUCGUUUCAAGAGUAAUGAACUGAUCGAUCAUGGAUCAUCAGAAGAGCUCAUUCAGACUGUCAAGUCCUCGCGAAUUUAUUGGGAACAAUGCCCGCGUCCAUCUAUGGAGACAAAUAAGGCUGCCAGUAUUCUCCGUCAUAUGCUACGUCUCAUCGACAUCAAUGAUAGGAGAGUCGAGCGCCAUAUAACAGGGUCCAAUAUCAAAACCAGCGAGAACGUGGAAAACGUUAUACAUGUGGACAGAGACUACGAUUCGCCAAACGAGCCUAUACCCUACAAUUCCAGCCAGCCAGUACAGAGCCAUGAAACAUUUGCCAACAUCUCAGCAUUUGAUUUGAUUGAUUUCGUAAGACUUCGGUGCCCCAAAGAAAUAGAAAAUCCCAUGGCCAGCUAA